AUGAAAUUAUUACUUGUAUUAAUUUUAAUAGUUUCUGUCACUAUUAAUGGUAGUUAUGGUUACGAAGUAAUAGAAAAGAUUUAUAAUAGUGAAAAAAAUAAGCAAUGCAAUGGCCAACCUGACAAAAUCAAUACCCAUUCAAGAUGCUCACCCAAUAUUUUAACAAGUUCAUCAACAGAUUCUUCUAAAAAAGUAAUUUAUCAAACACCAAUUAAAAGCAAAAUAGAUUGUGCUCGUACAGAUUUGCCACUAUUAUGGACCAAUUCAUUAGAUGAAUGUAUAGUUGAGGAACAUGCUUCUUUUAUAUUUCAUUUAAAUGAAUUCAAAAAUGUCACAAUUCCAAACUAUAAAGGAUUUUGCAAUACUAUCGUAUUUUUUGAAGAGGAUGAACAAUUAGAAAAAGUUGAAAGUGAAAAUAAAUCAAUUGAUAAUGAAAAAAUAGAAAAAAGUGAAGAAACUGAAGAUGAUGAAUGUGUUGACCAAGAUGAAGAUAGUAAAAAAGAAAAGAAAUCUAAAAAGCAUCACCAUAAAGAUAAAAAAGAUAAAAAAAAUAAAAAAGAUAAAAAAAAUUGUAUUAAAAAAGAAAAGAACACCAAAUCAAAAUCAAAGACAAAAUCAAAAUCAAAAUCAAAAUCAAAUAAAAAAGAAAAACAAUCAAAUGAAAAGGAUUGUGAAAAUAUUAAAAUUGUUUCAUAUAGAGAUGGUGUCUGUUUAAGUGAAAACAAAGUCCUAUAUCAAUAUAAAUGUAUGAAGGAUGGCAUUGUAGCUCAAUACAAAUGUUCAAAUUGUGAUGAAGAUACCACUAAAAGAGAAUGUGAAUUUGUUAAAAAUUUACCAAACCCAAAAUUAGUUUGUAAAAAUUUAAAAAAAAGUAAAAAAUAAAUAAAGAUUAUAAAAAAAUAUUUUAUUUUUUAAAUAAC